AUGGCAUAUGCUGUAGUUUUUAUAAUGGUGUUGGCUGUGACAUUUGCCACUAAUGAUCAACAGGAUUUGAAGUAUGAGACCCUUCAAUCUGAACUAUCUGCUUUGAAGAAUUACGUUUUGAAGAUGAAUGUUCAACUGGAGAAUGUUCAAAAAAAGUAUGACGACAUGAGUGAGGAACUAUGGAGUUUAAGGAGUAAGCAAGGUAUCGCUGACACCAAAACGCCACGAAAGGCAGACCAAAUAGACAACUAUCAACUAAAAAUUCAUGGAACGCAAACUCUGUUGAACAAGAGGUCAACAGUUUAUUCUCCUACGUUCCAAUUGCCAAGUGUUUGGAACGUAUCGAAAGUGUCAAAAGGACAGAAAGGAGAACCAGGUCUCGGAGGGCCUAAAGGAGACAGUGGAAGAAUGGGUUUUCCUGGUCUGAAAGGGAACAACGGACCAAAAGGCGACAGAGGAAAAGUUGGAAUUACGGGGCCCAAAGGAGACAUGGGAUCGCCAGGAUUAGAAGGACAAAAAGGUAGCACUGGAGCAAAGGGAAGUAAAGGAGAUACAGGAAGACCCGGAAGAAAUGGGCAAAAGGGGGAUAUCGGACCAGCAGGUGCCCGUGGUAUUACUGGACCUAUCGGUCCGAAGGGAGACGUUGGGAUACCUGGAGCAAAUGGCCACAGAGGAUCGACAGGGCAUCAUGGGACAUCACCUAGUCAAGGUAAAUAG